CCCCUUGGCCCUGGCCCUUAUAAAUAACCCAGCCAAGUUGACUAGAAUUUACCAAGGCACACACUCUCAGUAGGUGAGCACAACACACUCUCAGCUGGAGCUUGACAGUGAGUGUGCUCUAGCUAGCUACUGAGAGACCACCUAAUAGAACAGAGUAGAGAAAGAAUUGAACCAGGAUUGGUUCUUGGAAGGAGAAAUCAAUGGACGUUGAGUCGUCGAGGCAUCAAGGUCCCAAGGGGGACUCCAACUGCAUGGCUGCCGUGGCCUCGCAGGAGGUGUUCGUGGACUGGAGGGGCAGGCCUUGCGAGCCUCACAAGCAUGGAGGCAUGAAAGCCGCCGUCUUUGUCCUAGGGAUCCAGGCGUUGGAGAUCAUGGCGAUCGCGGCGGUGGGGAACAACCUGAUCACGUACGUGUUCAACGAGAUGCACUUCCCGCUGCCCAAGGCGGCCAACAUCGUCACCAACUUCAUCGGCACCAUCUUCCUCCUCUCCCUCCUCGGCGGCUUCCUCUCCGACUCCUACCUCGGCAGCUUCUGGACCAUGCUCAUCUUCGGCUUCGUCGAGCUCUCCGGGUUCAUACUGCUGGCGGUGCAGGCGCACCUGCCGCAGCUGCGGCCGCCGCCGUGCGCCAUGACCGCCACCGCCGGGGCAGGGGAACAGUGCGAGGAGGUGGGCGGGGCGAAGGCGGGCAUCUUCUUCGCGGCGCUGUACCUGGUGGCGCUGGGCAGCGGCUGCCUCAAGCCCAACAUCAUCGCGCACGGCGCCGACCAGUUCCGCGGUCAUGGCGGCGGCGGCAAUGGCGGGGAUGGCGACGAUAAGAGGCUGUCGAGAUACUUCAACGCGGCAUACUUCAGCUUCUGCGUGGGGGAGAUGGUGGCGCUGACGCUGCUGGUGUGGGUGCAGACGCGGGUCGGGAUGGACGUCGGGUUCGGGGUCUCGGCGGCCGCCAUGGCGCUCGGCCUCGUCUUCCUCGUCUCCGGCGCCUCCUUCUACCGGAACAAGCCGCCCCAGGGCAGCAUCUGCACCCCAAUCGCCAAGGUCUUUGUCGCCGCGGUGACCAAAAGGAAGCAAGUGUGCCCGUCAGCCGGUGUCGGUGCCCACGAGAUCGCUCGGAGCAGCACUAACAUCCGCCGCAUCAACAAGUUCAGGUUCUUGGACAAGGCGUCGGCGAAAGCCCAGGACGGCGUGGCCACAACCAAGGAGGAGACUAGCUUGGCGGCGGGGUGGGGGCAGCAGCAGUACAUGGAGUGCACGGCGGCGGAGGUGGAGCAGGUGAAGGUGCUCCUGUGCGUGGUGCCAAUCUUCGCGUGCACCAUCGUCUUCAACACCGUCCUGGCCCAGCUGCAGACCUUCUCCGUCCAGCAAGGGUCCGCCAUGGACACCCGCCUCUUCAGCUCCUCCUUCCGGAUUCCCCCGGCUUCUCUCCAGGCCAUCCCUUACCUGACGCUCGUGGGCCUCGUCCCGGCCUACGAGGCCUUCUUCGUCCCCGCGGCCCGCAAGCUCACGGGCCUGAGCACCGGGAUCAGCCCGCUCCAGCGGAUCGGGGUGGGCCUCUUCGCCGCCUCCUUCUCCAUGGUCGCCGCCGCGCUCGUCGAGGCCCGCCGCCGCCAUUGCCAGGAUCGGAUCUCCAUCUUGUGGAUUGCGCCGCAGUUUUUGAUCUUCGGGGUGUCGGAGAUGUUCACGGCGGUGGGGCUCAUCGAGUUCUUCUACAAGCAGUCCAUGGCGGGGAAGGGGAUGCAGGCGUUCCUGACGUCCAUGACUUACUGCUCCUACUCCUUUGGGUUUUAUCUCAGCUCCGUGCUCGUCUCCCUCGUCAACAGGGUCACGAGCUCCGGGAUUAAUGGCAAUGGAGGAUGGCUGGGGAACAACGAUCUGGAUAAAGACAGGCUCGAUCUCUUCUACUGGCUGCUCGCUGGGCUUAGCUUGCUCAACUUCUUCAAUUUUCUCUUUUGGUCGAGGUGGUACUCCAGGAGCGUCGAGACGGUGCAGGUUGCCGGAGUUGGUUCAUCCGGUGAUGAUGUUGCCGGUCAGGGUCAGGUGGAGAAUGAGAAGAGUUCUGCUGCAUGCUGACUGCUGAGGUUGAGGUUAAUUAGCGUGCAUGCAUAUUACGUGUCUGAUAAGUGGGGGCCCUGCAAGAUCAAGUAGUGGAUUAAUCAAUUAACCUUAACUAGUCUUUAACAUGUUUGUUAGUACAUAUGUGUUCCUAUGUAUCCUAUGGUUUUGCUUUGUAUGGAAGAUGUGUAUGCAGUGUUGUACAAAAAUUAAUUAUCGCAACAUGAAGUUAAAUUAUCGAAUGGAA